AUGAUCCGAAGGAUACGGAAAGCUCCAGACAGCGACAUCAUCAGCGAGGAGCUGAAGCUUACAACGAGAGGAGAACAAUUUUUAGCGUUUCAGACGGACGACAUCGUUAUUCUAAACACUCCAUCCAAUCGUGACGUUUUAGCACCUAACGCCCACUGGUUUUGUGAUGGAACAUUGGACAGCGCUCCGUUAGCAACACAACUUUACACCAUCCGUGUUCUUGUUGAGGAUUCUCACACUCUGCCUCUUGUUUACUGUUUGACAAACAACAAAACCAGGGCCACAUAUGACGCGAUCUUUACUUACCUCAACGGCCAGAGAGGCCUCAACCCAGAGACCAUCACAAUAGAUUUUGAACGAGCCGCAUUAAACGGCAUCAGUGAAAACUUCCCAACCACAGCCGUGCACGGGUGUUUUUUUCACUUUGGCCAAUGUCUUUGGAGAAACCUCCAGUGGCUUGGACUACAAGAUUGGUACUUGGAGCCAGAGAACUGUCUUCUCAUCAAGACCAUUCAGGCCUUGGCUUUCGUGCCUCCUGACGACGUCAUCGAGGCGUUUCAACAGCUCAUGGAUUCGCUGGAUGCCGACACUGACGAGACGCUUUCAGACUUCCUCGCCUACUUUCAAAGUACAUGGCUGGGCAUUGUGCAGCGAGGACGCCGUCGACGCCCGAAAUUCGACGUCGCCAUGUGGAACGUCUACAAUCGUGUGGGAGACAACCUGCCCAGAACUAAUAACUCGGUCGAAGGCUGGCACCGUGCCUUUGAUAAGUGA